AUAAAAUUUUAAGGCCUGGUUUUAUUUGACUUAUUUAUGCCUGUCAAUUUCUUCUUAGGCAUAUUACACCUGAAAAGUUUUAUGUGGAAGCUUGUGAUGAUGGAGCAGAUGAUGUACUCACCAUUGACCGAGUGUCUACAGAGGUCACCCUUGCAGUCAAAAAAGAUGUCCCUCCUUCAGCUGUUACAAGACCAAUAUUUGGGAUACUGGGCACAAUCCAUCUGGUGGCAGGUAAUUAUCUUGUUGUCAUUACCAAAAAGGUGAAAGUAGGUGAAUUUUUUAAUCAUGCAAUCUGGAGAGCCACAGAUUUUGAUGUUCUUUCUUAUAAGAAGACAAUGUUGCACUUGACUGAUAUUCAGUUACAAGAUAAUAAAACUUUCCUAGCAAUGCUAAACCACGUCUUGAGUAUGGAUGGAUUUUACUUUUCAACAACAUAUGACUUGACGCAUACUUUGCAACGGCUAUCUAACACAAGUCCAGAAUUCCAAGAAAUGAGUCUCUUGGAAAGGGCAGAUCAGCGGUUUGUAUGGAACGGGCAUCUGCUCAGAGAGCUGUCUGCUCAGCCAGAGGUCCAUCGGUUUGCUCUUCCAGUGUUACAUGGCUUUGUUGCCAUGCACUCAUGUUCUAUUAAUGGGAAGUACUUUGAUUGGAUUCUCAUCUCCAGAAGGAGUUGUUUCAGAGCUGGUGUGCGAUACUAUGUAAGAGGGAUUGAUUCUGAAGGCCACGCAGCUAACUUUGUAGAAACAGAACAGAUCGUGCACUACAAUGGGAACAGGGCUUCGUUUGUACAGACUCGAGGAUCAAUACCUAUUUUCUGGUCACAGAGACCAAAUCUGAAGUACAAACCACAACCGCAGAUCAACAAAGUAGCAAAUCAUAUGGAUGGUUUCCAAAGGCAUUUUGAUUCACAAGUAAUUAUUUAUGGAAAACAAGUCAUAAUUAAUCUGGUGAACCACAAGGGUUCAGAGAAACCACUUGAGCAAGCAUUUGCAAAGAUGGUGUCAUCCUUGGGGAGUGGGAUGAUCAGGUACAUUGCCUUUGACUUCCAUAAGGAAUGUAAAAAUAUGAGAUGGGAUCGACUGAGUAUUUUAUUGGAUCAAGUAGCAGAAAUGCAGGAUGAAUUAAGUUAUUUUUUAGUAGACUCUGCUGGCAAGGUGGUAACAAACCAGGAAGGAGUUUUCCGCAGCAACUGUAUGGAUUGUCUAGAUAGAACAAAUGUGAUCCAGAGUUUAUUGGCUCGCCGUUCUCUUCAAGCCCAGCUGCAGAGACUAGGAGUUUUGCAUGUGGGACAAAAGCUUGAAGAACAAGAUGAAUUUGAGAAGACUUACAAAAAUGCCUGGGCUGAUAAUGCUAAUGCUUGUGCCAAACAGUAUGCAGGAACUGGUGCCUUGAAGACUGACUUUACAAGAACUGGGAAAAGAACUCGAUUGGGACUUAUAAUGGAUGGCUGCAACUCAUUAUUACGGUAUUACAAAAACAACUUUUCUGAUGGAUUUAGACAAGAUUCCAUAGACUUAUUUCUUGGAAACUAUUCAGUGGAUGAAUUAGAAUCUCAUAGUCCUUUAAGUGUUCCAAGGGACUGGAAAUUUCUUGCACUGCCCAUCAUCAUGGUUGUUGCCUUUUCCAUGUGUAUCAUCUGCUUGCUUAUGGCUGGUGACACUUGGACAGAAACCCUGGCGUAUGUCCUCUUCUGGGGAGUUGCAAGCAUUGGAACAUUUUUUAUUAUUCUUUACAAUGGCAAAGAUUUUGUUGAUGCUCCUAGAUUGGUCCAGAAAGAAAAGAUAGACUGAAUUUGUGUUUGUGGAAAGCGGCUUGGCUUGGAAGACUCCAUGAUGCAGAACUGGAGUCUUUACUGACCUGCUUUCCACAUGAGUCCCAAGGUCUUCUUAAAGCCUUUACCCAGAAGCACCUCUUGUGGUCUGGGCUGGGUGAUGUCUUAGGGUUGUCGAUAUUACUGACUUGAUCUCUUCACUGUUGGGAUGGUUAUAUUUAUAAUUUGAAGCUAUACUGUAAUUGAAAUGUAGCUUAAAUUCAGCUCACACAGAUCAGAAAAAAUCUAUUCACUGUCAAGUUAAUCAGAAGUUCACAGAUAAGUAAUAUAUUUUAAAAUUUUAACUUCUUUCAUUAUUUAAGACAGUAAAAUUAUUUUUCUAGCUCUGUUUCAUUAUUGUCAUUAUAAAGCAGCCACUGUUAGCAAGCAUAUUUUCCAUAUAUCUUUGGGCUUUUCUUAAAAGUUUAAUAGUACGCUAAUCCUAUCUUUAUAGAAUGUCUCUUACAGGUAUCAAGUAGUUUGCUAAGUUGUAAUUUCACAAGAAGGAAGAGGAGAAUGGAAUCUAGCGUUGUUCCAAGUUUCUAGUAGCUGCCUCUUGGCUUCAGCCAGCUUGAGCUGCUUAGUGCCCUAGCAGCUUAAAUGUCAUGAAAAGUUCAGAUAUAUUUUAUCUUUUUUAAAAGGUGUAAAUGAAAUCAAAGAAUGUAAAGUCUGUCUCUUA